UUUUCCGGUUGCUGCAGCGCUAGAAGUCAUGAGUAGCAAAGUCUCUCGCGACACCCUCUACGAGGCGGUGCGGGAAGUUCUGCACGGGAACCAGCGCAAACGCCGGAAGUUUUUGGAGACGGUGGAGCUGCAGAUCAGCCUGAAGAACUACGACCCUCAGAAGGACAAACGCUUCUCGGGCACCGUCAGGCUUAAGUCCACCCCGCGCCCCAAGUUCUCCGUGUGUGUCCUUGGGGACCAGCAGCACUGCGAUGAAGCGAAGGCCGUGGAUAUCCCUCACAUGGACAUCGAGGCGCUCAAGAAGCUCAACAAGAAUAAGAAGCUGGUCAAAAAGCUGGCCAAGAAGUAUGAUGCCUUUUUGGCCUCAGAGUCCCUGAUCAAGCAGAUUCCUCGAAUUCUGGGCCCAGGCCUGAAUAAGGCUGGCAAAUUCCCUUCCCUGCUGACCCACAAUGAGAACAUGGUGGCCAAGGUUGACGAGGUGAAGUCCACCAUCAAGUUCCAGAUGAAGAAGGUGCUGUGUCUGGCCGUGGCAGUUGGCCACGUGAAGAUGACAGACGAUGAACUUGUGUACAACAUCCACUUGGCUGUCAACUUUCUGGUCUCACUGCUGAAGAAGAACUGGCAGAAUGUCCGUGCUUUGUACAUUAAGAGCACCAUGGGCAAACCCCAGCGCCUGUACUAAGCCAUGGUUCAAUAAACUUUAUUGUUCCUGUCAA